AGUCAUUGUUGACAGGGAUGCUCGCUCUGCGGUGAAACUCAAGAAGCUAGUGAACGAAGACUCCUCAAGCUCCUAGAAUUGCAAUGACAGCUGAUGAUAAAACUGACACGUGACGAGGAGACGACGCGUCGUCCUGUAGUGAACAACGAACAGGAUCAUGUUCCAGCCCUUCUUGACCUCUGGGUCGGGUCAUCCCCAGCACCCCUACUUGGUCGCCCAGCCAGGGGUCUCCCAGCAGCCCCUGUUCCCGCUGCCCCAACCCUACCAAGCUCAACAAGGGCUUCAGUACACAGCCAUGCAAUAUCCGCAAGGGAGUGUUCCAGUGCAAGUGGGGAAUCCCCAGGUUCCAGGCAGGGCAGUGCUAGGAGCCGGACACAUGCCUCCACCAAUGCCACAUGGAUACAGCAUGCAUCAACCAUCAGUUACCAGUCCACAAAAAACAUAUCAGUUCUCUUGGAAUGAAGCUCGAGCUCAGGCUCAAGGUCAGACUCAGGCCCUAUCUGCCACUUUGCCUCAACCUCCUACCAACUCGGCUCCAUCCCAUCACUUGACCCAACCCCUUGCCAUACCUCCUUCACACACUGUCCACAUUAAACCUUGGAAUAUUCCGUCUAAUGCUGCUUCUAGACCAGUACAACCCACUCUUUCCAGUCUCGCAAACUCGCAGCAGGUGCCAUAUCUUACUGGGCCAUCAUGCACAUACUCCUCGAUGUGGACAAAGUCCACAGAAAAGAAAAGUAUGGAUGUUAUGAUGUCAGCCUCUAAUCCUCUUUCAGCACCUGUUCUUCCCCAAACCACUGUCCCCCCUCCUGUUCUUGCUUCAACUCGUGUCCAAGCACCUGUCCUUGAUAAGACUCCUGUACUUGCUCCAUCUCCUGCUCCUCCUAAGUCUAGCUAUCAGUCUCAGAAUGUGCCCUUGAACAUCAAGUCUGCCUAUGGAAUGACAGACAUCAACACUACUGUCACCUCUGAUGCCCCUUCAAAGAAUGCCUGGUCCACGGCCAUUCAUGAAGAGUCUGGCUCCUCUACAGUAGAUGAUGAUGGCCCUCCUAUUGCACCGCAUCCUUUUGCUAUGCUGAAAAAUAAUGCCUUACAAGUUGAAGAUACUGAAACAGGCGUCGAUUCCAAAACAGCCAGUCAAAGUGUUGAUGCAAGGAUAUUUGGAACUCGGGACCAACUAGGAUCGAGGAUGACAUCCGUGAAGAAAUACUUCACAGAGAGAGUUAAAGCAGACAGGUUCAUGGAAAUUGCCCUCAAACGUGGGAUAGUAGUCACUGCUGCCGAAGCUGAACCUUCAACAAGAACAGGUGCCCUUGUAUCAAAUACGGAAAGUGGAACAGCAUCCCAGAGUGGAGAUGACUCUGAUAUUAACUCCAUAGUGAGUUGGAAGGAAGACGCAGAUGCUCACACUGACUCUGGCAGUGUGGACAACACUGAUGCCAAGUCCUCAACAUCUGAAGGAUGCUCCAGAAAGUCGGACGGCUACCUGAGUGACUUCUCAAAUGAAUUUGCUAAGGUUAUAAUUGAAGAUGCAUGUUGUGAACUCAACCUUGAACUCAAUCAUGAACUCAAUGUGAAUGCCGUUCCAUUUAAUCCUGUGCCCUUCUCGUCAAGACUUGAUGCCACUGCAAAGGAAUUUAAAUGUCGAUUUACUGCUGAAGAAGCAUCGCCAUCAGCUUUGUCUCUGAAUCCUGAUAGUCCAGAGUUCAAGCCUAGCUUCUUCAGGGAUAAGGCAAAGAAUAAACCUGAUCCUGAGGACACUGAUGAAACUGAAGCUUCAGAUGAACUCGAUGUGUGCAAACUGUUUAAGAAGAACCAUUCCUCGGGAGUAGAUGUAUACAUUGCGGAUGCACCAACACCAGAGGCAGAGACCCCAAAGGCUCCAUGUCAGUCAGAUGCUUUGUUUGUCGAUGUUGCUGUGAAUACAAAGAGGAUUAGAAUAAAGGAUGUGGAUGUUCAAACUCCUCUUGCAUUCGAACCACGAGAUGUUGGAGUCAACACAGAGGAAGCGUGUUCUGAUGAGACAUCGGAAUUCUUCACGCCACAGAUGGUGGUAAAGAUGAAGAGUCAAGGUGUGAAUGCCUGUGUUGAGACAAGAUGUCGACAGGUCCAGGUCAAGAUAGGGCCCAAGAUGAAAAGUCAAGGAGUGCAGGUUGGGUCAACUGAUGACCCGGUUGCCAAGCAAUGUGACGUGUGCCCUGAGAGGGACAUACAGCUGAUUGAGACACAGAUGCAGCUGUGUCACCUGAAGGCCCAGAUCUGUAUCAGCGAGCUGCAGCGGCAGCUGGACGACCUUCAACACAGCAAGAUGCAGAUCACGAGCUUCUUCUCUCCACAGUCUGGGGUAGACUCCUUGACAGACAUGGUGGAUGCACGAAUUGUCUGGUUGCAAGAGGAAAUAGCACAGACCAAGAUUCACCUGAUGAACUGUCUGAAGGAUCUCCAGUGUGGCCACCCACUGUCUGCCAUCCCAGCAUUCAGCAUCACCCUACCCACCAUUAUGGGCAAUGAAGUCUAUACACCUAAAGAGCUGAAGUUUCUGAGGAGUCCCCCAACAGAUGUGAACACUGAAUCUCCACGCUCACGGAAACGUGCACAUGAGAGAGACAAAGCUACUAUGGAUAGUGUAUGUCCUCUGAAAACAAUGCCCACUUGUGGAAGCUUGGAAAGACUAUCUCCCCAAAAGACGAUGCCAGGUCUUCAAAAUAUAUCACCAUGCAAAACUAUUCCUGGAAAUGAAGCAGUAUCGCCACAGCAGGCCAUGCCUUAUGAGUUAGGAUUUGAAAGAAUGUCACCAUACAAGAGUACUGUUCAUGAAAUUUCUGAAAGACCAUCGCCUCCCCUAACCAUGCCAUUUGAUGCAGGUGUAGAAAAUAUGUCUUCCUUCAAUACAGUGUCUGCUGAUGAAGGGUUUGACAGAGUACCAACCCGACAACUUGUGGAAGAAACCCUCCUUGAAAUGCAAAGAGAUAGGUCAUGGAAAGGCAGCGAAUCUGAUGCUCCUCAAAUCCGGGAGUCGGGAUCAUUGAAAGAUCCAGAUUCUGAUGAUGCCGAAAUUCAUGAGUCAGAAUCUCUGAAAGGCCAGGAAUCGGAUUCUACCUCCAUUCAUGACUCUGGAGCUGAACCUUCUGCCAUGGCUGUCCGGAAGUGUAGUUCUGUAGAAUCGGGAUCAGAAAUAUUGAACUCCGACAGUGAAGAAGCUACUUUGUCUAUAGCAAAUGAGGGAGCUACUGCCAGUUCUUCAGAAACAGCAAUGUUUGCUUCAUUAGAACUUGUAUCUGGUUCCAGUCAGGAGAGUUUGUCCAACUGUGUCUUAAAUCCUGUGAUGAUAUCUUCGUUGUCUUCUUGUGAGGGUGACAGACUUGAACAGAUGUCAUCACAGUGUUCUAGUAAGUCUUCAGUCACUGAGGAUGCAACUGCUGGAACUGAAUCUCAACACUUUUCUGAACUUUCAGAAGGAACAUCCACAUCAUUAACACCCCCUGAGAAAUCUGCUGAUCCUGAAACAGGACAUUGUGCUGAGUCAGAGGAACUUGUUACUGACAAUGUCACCAAGCCUGAACCAUUACCAUGUGUGGAAAAUUUAAUGACAGAUAAUAUGAAUGUAACUAUUAAAACUGCAAACCUAGAAACUACAAGAACUGAUGCUCCUGUCACCCUAGAUGACACACAACAAGAACAUGAACCAAACCAAAGUGGUGAAAACAUUUCGUUGCCAAAACCACUAACAAGAAUCUCAUCCAAAGGAUCAUCAUUAGGGUCACUUCCAAAACCCAUCCCCCCUCUCCCUCUGAGAUUGCCCCCAAGAAGGCGGUCAGAAUUUGUCGGCUCUCCUGACCGAAGCUCAAAACAGGACUCUGAGUACGAAACUGCGAGCAGUAGCCUGUCUUCCACACCUGUUGCCACGGAUACAGAGGAGAGGGCUUCUGGGGAUGCAACUGAGAUGAAACUUGAUGCUGUGAAACCGGACUUGGACAAAAGAGUUCCUCCAGGAUUUGAGAAUACUCAGAAUGACAUUGAGGAAGACAUUAAUGACAUUGUUGAAUGUGGCAUGAACACUAACCUCCUUAUGAAGAAAGCCAAGAAUGUUCUUCAGAACUUCCAACUUGCAGCAGAGAAAGGCAGACUGGAUGCAAAGGCUUCAAUUUCUGGCUCCCCUGUCAAACCAAAGACCUUAUCUCCACAAAAACAACAGGACAAAUGUUCUCCAGACAAGCCAAGGACUGAUGUUUCGCCGAACAAACCAAUGAAUGUUUUGCCUCCUCCACAAGAUUUGACAACCACUCUGUCUUCUGAUGUCUCUGAGGACGAGCAACCAUUUGUGAUGUCAACAGGGAGGUCUGUUGCUGGAACUGGUGAGGUGUCCAAGGUGGUGAAGCGAGGGGUUGGAGAAAGAGGAGGAGAAACAGUAGUUUCCCAUCUGAAGGCUAGUGCUAUGAAACGACUGGGGGUCAGACAAGCUGUAGUAGAUGAGAAACCAUCUCCAGACCACAUGGAUGUAAAUCUGCCACCUUCAGGUAAUCCACAUCAUGGCCGUGGUUUACCUAUGACAGAAGCAAUCCAGGAAAACUUCAACACAAAUCAUAAUAUUAGUGCAUCACCUUUAAGUAAUCCAUGUCAAGGUUUUGGUUUACCUUUGACAGAAACACCCCAGGAAAACUUCAAUACAAAUCAUCAUACUGAAUCAUCAGAGAUCAAUCAACCACAAGUUCACCCCCAGCAACAACUUCAGCAACAACAGCCACCAUCUCAGCAAGUACCACAGCCACCUGUACAACAGGCGAUGCAACCCGAUCAGUUGAAUCCUAAUUUGUUUCAAGCUGUGUUGGCACAAGUUGUUAAGGCCUACCCUCAACUCACGUCAAACCCAGUGAUGUUGCAGACAGUGUGUGUACAACAAACAAUGGUGCUGCAGUCCUAUAUGAAAGUACCCGGAGCGGCCUCAGCCGGUCCGGGCAUUCCAGGAACACAUCCCGGAGGAAAUCCCGUAGCACAUCCUGAAGAACAUCCCAAGCCACUUCCUGAAGCACAUCGAGAGGCACAUCAUGGGCCAUAUCACGAGGCACAUCCUGCAUCAGAGAACUUGCAGUCAAUACAGAUGAACUAUGCCAGUCCACUUGGCCAGAACACCAACCCUUUACAAGCCCCAACAUCAUCAGAUGCCAUCAGUGCUAACAUGGCUAUGGGAAGUGCUAACAUGGCUAUGGGAAGUGCUAGACCUAUUGAUACAGCUCAGUCCAGUGGCGCUGCCUGGAAUCCCAUAGGUCUUGUCAACAUGAUGCAGGCUCGCAGGGGGAAGUCUGAGGCAGAGCAGGCAGCAGUACCUGAUGUAAAGACUCAAAAUCCAAGCAUGUUCAAAUUUAAAGCAACUACCCCACCUGAAAUGAAGGCAUGUGGUCAAUCAUUGUUUCAGCCUAUUAUAUCUGGUACUGCUACAGAUUCCGAGACAACACCUCCAGGAUUGAGAUCCUACAUCCUGAAAGACAAACGAUCCACUGAAGCUGCUGCAGUGGUCAGCACCCAUCUUACUGGACUGACUCCUGUACCCACUGAAGACACUAAUCCAUUUGAGCAGCAUGGCCCUCCCAGUUCCACGAAGGCAACCUCACUGAGGAAGAGAUCAACAACUAAGCCAAGAGGUGGGGGAAGAGUAUCUCCAGUGACUCAUGACCCCAUGGAACUCUUCCCUUCUGUCAAAGCGACCAAGAUUGAAACAGAUGAGGACUGGGAAGAUGAGUGUGAAAAAUAUCCUGAAGAGUUUACAUGUAAACAAGAUGUUAAGAGACCUGUAUAUUUUAGACCUAUUAACCCUCCAAGAGGCACAGAUGAAAACCCAGGAUCCCGGAACUUGACUAGAAGCACCACUCCUGACACCUGGGACCAACCCUACAGGUCAAGGCAUCUCUCCCAACAACUGCCGACAAACUCGACUAAUCAAGGAUCCAGAAGCGGAUCAUUUAGAGGUAGAAGCAGAAAUGCUUCUGAGAAACAAGCAAGUGGGGCUUCAACAACAGACUUCCAGACCAAGUCCCAGAGCUCCUCAAGAAGCUGUACCCCAACUGAGGAAAUUGGCAAGAUGUCCACAUCAAGCUCAGUGAGCAGUACACAAGCCUUCAGAGACUUAGGGGAGAGCAGGAAGAUGUCCUGUACGGGGCUUGAUGAGAUCGAGGACUUUGGUGUUAAGAAGGAACGCAAACCAAACAAGCCUGAUGCCAACUUUCUGGGGCGACUCUUGAAGAACAAUGCCAAUGUGAAUGAAAGGUUGAAGAAGGAGAAAAAAAAGAACAAAGGAGGAAAGAAGCCUUCCAAACCAGAACCAGAACCAGAACUGGAACCUUCCCAGGUUGAUGAAGAUGACUGGCAGACGGUUGGUAUGAAGAAAAGAAAGAGAGAUCAGACACGAGCGGAGCCAGCAACAAGCACAGCCCUCGUAGCAGCCACAUCCAAGGGGGCUUCCAAAGCUCCACGAAACAACUUUGACAAACUUGUGGAGCAUCUCGCCAGACAUUUUCCAUUCUUAUCACGGGGAGAAGUGAUUGAGCUGGUAACCUCUGUACGAUCACAGAGAGGGGGCUUGACUGGGAUGAAGUUGAAUGACAUCGUUGAUGUAGCCAGAGGAAUUGUUCAGAAGAAAAUGAUGGCCAAGCUUGUACCUGAACAUGUACCAAAGGUAGCAGCAGCAGCACAGAAAGGCGGCAACAUCUACAGCACUCCUGAGUUUCAGAAGUAUUACGAGACAACCAGGAAAGAUCUACCCCACAGGCCGGCCAUCACUUCCCCAGGGAAUUCAGUGAAUGAUGAAGAUGUCUGUCCAAUAUGUUUUGAGGAUUUUUCUGUUGCCAAGAAGCAGAGAUUGGACUGUGGGCAUGAUUUCCAUACGAAGUGUAUCCGAGAGUGGGUGCUGGGCCAUGAAAGAACAUGUCCCACCUGCAGGAGAUACACAUUGUUUCAAGAGGAGUUCCCAAGGCUGAAAUAACGUAGCAGAAAGACAGUGUCUGCCUCAUCCUCACAGUGAACAAGUCAUCAUCAAGCAGCUACCACAGACAUGCCAACAAUGUCAGCUUGGGAUCAUUAGGCAUAAUACUCUAGUCACCAUCAUGUAAAAAAAUGUAAUAUUUUGUUUCAUGACAUGGAGAAUAUUCACGGGUGGCCUUAGCUCGGUUGGUUCUCUGAUCCAUGAUAGGAUCUGCUGGUCACAAGUUUGAAUCCCAGAUUCACCACUAAUAUCAUCAUUGAAUUGUCAGCCCUCCCCAUGCUCUUGGGUUCCCAAAAGUGGUUAAUCUACACCUUACAUCAUAGCUUAUUGAAGAAUUUUUAGUGCUACUUAAUGCUUUGUCAGUAAAACUGAAGCUGAUCGCUUGCUGCUGUGAUUAUUUCCUUCUGAAAAAUACAUCUCCCAUAACAGCAUCCCUUGUGUUACACUGUCUACAGGUAAAAAUCAUGUACAUCUUUAAUGACCAGUUCUUAAACAUCUUUUUUAGUCUAGGGGCCAUGUUUCCUAGAUGAUUUGGGGCGGUCGGGUAGCCUAGUGGUUAAAGCGUUCGCUUGUCACGCAGAAGACCUGGGUUCGAUUCUCGACAUGGGUACAAUGUGUGAAGCCCAUUUCUGGUGUCCCCCGCCGUGAUAUUGCUGGAGUAUUGCUAAAAGCGGCGUAAAACCAUACUCACUCACUCCUAGAUGAUUUACCAUUGUUUAUAGCUUAAAUCAUUGCCUGUACUCUUUAGAUUUGAUAUGAAACUGAAAAUUUGAUAGCGGGUCAUCACCCCUAUUUACAUCGUCACCUACAUAGUCACCAUCUGUUUUCAGCCCCUUAUGACCUAUUCACUGAUGUGUUAACUAAUAUAAUUUUUUUCCAUUUAUUAAAAAAAGCACUGUGCAGUAAAUACAUGAAGUAUGGUAUCUGUUUGUCGCGCUGACAAUGGAUGCAGAUGUAAAGGACCAUUCUUUAUGAUAUGAUUUUGGGCUUGGAAUCAUUGUAGAUCUGUGUAGAUACUUGUGUAUAUAUGUUAAGAAGGCAUCUAUUGACUGUUUUGUUACAUGCUUUGUUAACACUUUAGGCACUGGAAUUAACUGUGCAGAGUAGUGUCCCUUAGCCAUGACAGGAUCUGCUGGUCAUAGGUUCAAAUCCCAGAUUUCCCUUAUAAUGAUUCUUGGUCUGUCAGCACCUUCCUGUGCUUGUGUAGUGAUUAACAUUCCAGGGCCUUGUUAACAUUCCAGGGCCUUGUUCACACUCCAUGGCCUUGUUCACACUCCACGACCUUGUUCACAUUUCAGGGCCUUGUUCACAUUCCAGGGCCUUGUUCACACUCCACGGCCUUGUUCACACUCCACGGCCUUGUUCACAUUUCAGGGCCUUGUUCACACUCCAGGGCCUUGUUCACACUCCACGGCCUUGUUCACAUUUCAGGGCCUUGUUCACACUCCACGGCCUUGUUCACAUUUCAGGGCCUUGUUCACACUCCAUGGCCUUGUUCACAUUUCAGGGCCUUGUUCACACUCCACGGCCUUGCUCACAUUCCACGGCCUUGUUCACACUCCACGGCCUUGUUCACACUCCACGGCCUUGUUCACAUUUCAGGGCCUUGUUCACACUCCACGGCCUUGUUCACAUUUCAGGGCCUUGUUCACACUCCACAGCCUUGUUCACAUUUCAGGGCCUUGUUCACGCUCCACGGCCUUGUUCACAUUUCAGGGCCUUGUUCACACUCCACGGCCUUUUUCACAUUUCAAGGCCUUGUUCACACUCCAUGGCCUUGUUCACAUUUCAGGGCCUUGUUCACACUCCAUGGCCUUGUUCACAUUUCAGGGCCUUGUUCACACUCCACGGCCUUGUUCACACUCCACGGCCUUGUUCACAUUCAGGGCCUUGUUCACAUUUAAGGCCUUGUUCACACUCCACGGCCUUGCUCACACUCCACGGCCUUGUUCACACUCCACGGCCCUGUUCACACUCCACGGCCUUGCUCACACUCCACGGCAUUGUUCACAUUUAAGGCUUUUCACUGCAACCAUCACAAGUGUUAUGUUAUAUUCUUAGAGUGUGGGAUUACUGAUAGCCAUAUUGCAGGGAUGACUUUCUGGACCAAGCCAACUUAACAACUCAACUCAACUAUUUUGUGUCACUUUUCAUGUUACAUAUGCCACUGAAUGUUGCAGCCAAAUUUGUGUUGCCAAAAGAGUCAGAAAAGUACAAAUUUGUACUACCUUAGAACCUCAUUUGCAUUGCCCCCAGUUGGGAGAAACUUUGUUUGUUAUUCAGGGCUGUGCAUAGCACGGAGAUCUGAGUAAGUGUAUGUUAUGAUAAUCAUGAUGCUACAAUCACUUUGCGUAACAAAGCUGAUGUGAGCCUCCAAACAGUGUUAGUGCUAUACCUAGAAAUUCUUGUAUAUAUGGUGAUAAAAUAUUGGAGUUGCCUCAUCAGUAACGCUAUCUUUGCUUAUUGAAAUAGGGCAGAGUUGAGCCUUUUAGCCAUCUUGGUAGAGAAGGAAGGGGGUCUUGUGUUGCACAGCCGUCUAAGGCUUUGCAAGUUGUGUCUCUUAGUCAUGCUAUGAUCUGUUGAUCAUAGUCGUGUGAGGCGACACGGAAUCGGGUGGUCAGGUUCACUGACUUGAUUGAUGCAUGUCAUCAAAUCCGAAUUGCGUGGAUCGAUGUUCAUGUCAAUCACUGGAUUGUCUGGUUCACUUGAUUAUUUACAGACCACCGUCAUAUAGCUGGAAUGUUGCUGAGUGUGGCAGUAAACGACAAACAAAGCCAUUUUGGUGGAGAAGGAAGGGGGUCUUGUGUUGCACAACCAUCUAAGACUUUGCAAGUUAUGUCCCUUGGUCAUGCUAGGAUCCGAUGGUCAUGGGUUCAUGUCAGAUUCACCCAGAUUAUCAUCCUUGGUUUGUCACCAACACACCCUUUCUCAUGAGUUUUACAAUAUGGUGAAAACCUGAGUGCCUUGGGGAUUUCCUCACAUUAAGCUGAUAGGACAUGAUAGUACAGAAAUGCUGUCCUAAGCCCUGUUAGUCCAUCACAGACUCACUUAGUAAUUGGUGGAUCAAAAGCAGUAGCUCUAUGAUAGCUUUUACAAUAUGGUGAAAACCUGAGUGACUUGGGGAUUUCCUCACAUUAAGCUGAUAGGACAUGAUAGUACAGAAAUGCUGUCCUAAGCCCUGUUAGUCCAUCACAGACUCACUUAGUAAUUGGUGGAUCAAAAGCAGUAGCUCUAUGAUAGCUUUUACAAUAUGGUGAAAACCUGAGUGACUUGUGGAUUUCCUCACAUUAAGCUGAUAGGACAUGAUAGUACAGAAAUGCUGUCCUAAGCCCUGUUAGUCCAUCACAGACUCACUUGGUAAUUUGUGGAUCAAAAGCAGUAGUUCUAUGAUAGCUUUAUGAAAUCCAGCACAGCUCCCAUUCAACAAAGCAAUCUCAGACAAUGACCCUCAGCCUUUGUUGGAGUUAUGUUGGAUGUUUAUCAUUUUGUGGAAAGGGGCACUGGUCGUUUGAUUGAAAGAAUAAGAAUGUGUCAAAAUUGCAACAAUUACUCUUUGUUUUGGUAUUCAUAUUUGCAAGUAUAUGAAGUUUGUAUGGCUGCAUUGUGCUCUGUUUGUUAGUAUAACAAGGAUAUAGUAACCAUGGAAUACUUUUGUCAGGAUCUUUUUUUCCUGAAACCUGAAUCUUUCUUUAUUUUACAUGAAAAUAUGUUCUUUUUGACAUUAUGCAAGUCACAAUACUCCUCAAAUGUUUUCUGUGUAUCUUACAAUUACCGGUACACUUAUAGAAGGAUACUCUGAAUGAUCAAUACCUGGUCCUAAUGGAAAUGUUGACAUUUAGUGUAAUGUUUUAUUGGAAUAAAGACAAUCAGGCAUGUCAAUUCCGUUUUCAUCCAGUUUGGCCGAAUAAGUUUGAAUUUGCAUGAAACUGGUCUUGUGUUAAUAUCAGAUUACAUUGAAGAAGAAUAGUGUAUGUCCUUUCCUGUUUCACCUGAACUUAAUUAGUCAACUCAGGUAUGCUUGUGAUUGAUUUCUGUCUUACUUUUCUUGUCAUAAAAUGCAUCCUAAGUUUGCUGUGUUUGCAUGAAGAAUGUUUUGAUGACCAUGUUUAUUUGUGCUUUGAUAGUUUGUCAUGACAUGGAUUGUGUUGAAACCUUUGUAUACUUGUAGCUAACGAUAUUGUUCAGUAUUGCUUUCUUUUCACAAGAACUGGUCAGUACAGCCUUUCAGUUAAUUUGUUGGCUUGUCACACCAAUGGUCUCAUUUCCCGAGGUGUGUAAAUGAGGCAAGACUCUUGGCAUCACCAGAAACCAUAAUUGUGGGUUCCAAUCCUGGUUCACCUUAUGUUUCCAAGUUUGACAGCACCAUACCCAUGCUUGUGGGUUGCACAAAAAUGGAAAAUAUCUAAAACCUCCAGCCCUUAAGGCUUUCCUCCCACAUUAAGCUGACACGCCUUGAUAUAACUGGAAUACUGUUCAAAGCGGCAAUAAACCCAACUCAAUCACUCUCACGAACAGAAUCUGUUUAUUGGACAUUUUAGAUUGAUGAAAAAAAUCAUCUAAUUACUAUCGAAACAUCAACAGUUGGUUUGGGUCAUCAAGAUCCAUUUGCACCACUGGAUAAGGCAGACCAUGAAACGCUUCAAUGAUGCUAUACUGAAACUGUGACUUCCAAAUGGUUAUGGGACGGUCGGGUAGCCUAGUGGUUAAAGCAUUUGCUCUUCACACCGAAGACCCCGGUUCGAUUCUCGACAUGGGUACAAUGUGUAAAGCCCAUUUCUGGUGUCCCCCGCAGUGAUAUUGCUGGAAUAUUGCUAAAAGCAUCGUAAAACCAUAUUCACUCACUCCAAAUGGUGACUGUUGGAUAUUUCGAAUAUAUUGCGUUUAUCAUUUGUUAAUUUGAAAUUUAUUAUGUGGAGAAUCUUACUUGAAUCUGUAAUAUAUGGAUUGACAGGGUUUCAUUUAGAAGUAUCACUAUCCAUAACAAUAUCCUUAUAAAUACAUUUAAUAUUUCUUUCAUGAUAAGGUGAAAGAUCACAGUUUUUGAAAUCCAAAAGCAGUCGCUAUGCAGAUAGUAUAUGUUUUCUGUUAAAGGUCAUGCAGAUAGUAUAUGUUUUCUGUUAAAGGUCACUGAAGCAGCCGAGUGGUUGGAUGAUAGUUCCUCACGCCUGAGACCAUGUUUAUCUCCCUAUGCAAGUCUAGUCAUGUGAUCUUUUCAUGUGCAGGGUUUUCAAUGCUGCUACAAGCAGCUUGACUAAAUGACAUGUAUUAGAGCUUAAUCAGUAUUAGGAUGGGAGUUGUCAUUUUCAACUAACCUGUUCAUAAAACCAUGUUGAUAAAACCCAAUCAGUAUUUUGUUGAUUUUACUGUAGCUCGUCUUAAUAGAGGUCUGGACGGUUCAAUAUUUUGUUAAUAGAUGAAUGACAGGUUUCUGUGCCAGUAUAUUAUGUUAUCACUUUGUGUUCAGUCAUGUGGAGUGUAUAUACAUUUUGAACCUCAUUACAUCAUUUUUAUUCAUAUUAUUUGAAUUGAUAAAGUAUUUUGUACUUA